AUGCAAACCGCGAAAGACGACUAUAACAAGAAUUUGAGUCAUAUCAAAAUAUCCAUUAGGACAAAAUAUACUGAUAAACCGCUCGAAAGUAAAGGUAAUACUCAACAAUACUCAUCAUUAUCAUCCCUAUUGGUAGCAGCGGCUCGUUCGGCAAAAAAACGUGCGAUCGAAGCUAUUUCUGAACAAAGUAUUCAACGUCGACGUCAGCGUUCGCAAACAGUUCAAUCCAGUUUGUCAGUUCCAUCCGAAUCAAUAAUAUCACAGUCAACAAAUCGUAAACGUAUCCAUUCAAAACAAACAUCACCAUCACAGCUUCGACGUUCUUCAUCAUCCUCUUCAUCAUCUUCUUCAUCCUCACGUUUAUUGAAACAACACAAGCAACAACGUAAGCAAAGUAAAAAAAACACAAAACAAGAAGAACGAAAAGCUAACACAAAAUCGAACCAAAAUAUAAAACGUCGCCGUUCAUCUUCGACUUCAUCAGCCUCUGAUUAUUUUCCACCACCAUCGACAACAACAAGUAAUCGACGUUCAACAAAAAAGCAAUCUUAUACUAGUCAAACUCGUUCAAAAACAAGUGCGCCUAUACUAACCAGUAAACGAACACAAGAACAACGAUCGAGUUUGUCAAGUGAUACGGAACAAACAGAAACGGGGAAUAAUUGUAUUCAUUCUCGAUCAGGGCGAGAAAUAACAACAAUUGUUAGUGAUCCACUGGUUCCAACUUAUCGAAGACGAGGAAAUCGAUUUUCAACUGCAAAAUCCCUUCUUGAUACAACAUCAACGCAUCAAACGUUAAGCCAGUCUCUGUCUGGUGGUCCACAUUCUGGUCAAGAGGCGACGGCCGCCGGUUAUUCUGCCGCAUGUGCCUCAUCAGAUAAUCAUUUUUAUUCCUCAUCUUCCACAACAUCUCCAACUGUUCGUUUAUUUCAUACAAGAGCACCAUAUUAUCAUCCAUACGCUUCAACAAAUACAACAAAUUCGUCUACAUCUGAAUCUCCAUCAACUUAUACAUACAGUGGUAGUACAACAAAAGCACCUAUUGUAGUCGUUCCUAAUACAGCAUCAUCUGUUGUAGUUGGUGCAUCAACAACACUUCAACAGCACAUGUCUGAAAGUGAAGGCGAAAGCGAUUUAAUGGAUCGACAUUCAAUUGAUCCAACAUUAGCUCGUGUUGUCAGUGGUUCCCGUGGUGCCGAUUUAUUAGGCUCAUUAAAUCAGCGUUUAAAUCAAAUGAUAACAAGGGUUAAUGGAAGUUCAUCGAUGGGUAGAUUACCACAAUAUAUUCAACAUCUGCAAUCAAAUGACAAUGAUUUAAAAUUGGCGACAUUAAAUGAUUUAUGUCAGCUGCUGGUUAUGAGUAAUGAAGAAACACUACCGCAAUUUCCAUAUAAACAAUUAGUACCUUUACUAAUCCAUUGUUUAAGCGAUGAAAGUGAAUUUAAUAUGGAGAUAGCUCAUCAUGCUUGCCGAGCAUUGUGUUAUUUGAUGGAAGCAUUACCUAGAGCAACAGUAUGCGUCGUUGAUGGUACAUCGGUUUUUUUAAAUAAAAUAAGAAGUAUUAGUUGCAUUGACAUUGCAGAACAAAGCCUAAUUGCAUUAGAAAUGAUAUCAAGAAGAAAUGGAAAACAUAUUCUUAUUAAUAAUGGUAUUGGUGCUUGUUUACAACAUAUUGAAUUUUUUUCAAUGACAUCUCAAAAUAAAGCAUUGAUUAUAGUUGCCAAUUGUUGUUAUCAUAUUAUUACUCGUCAAGAUUUUAAUUAUAUUAAAGAACAUUUGGAAAAUUUAUCAAAUCGUUUACGCAGUGAAGAUAAAAAAUCAAUUGAACAUGUUUGUAAUAUUUUCUCACGUUUAGUAGAAAAUUUUCAUAAAGAUCAAACAAUAUUACGUGAAAUUGCAUCAACACAAUUAUUGAAGAUGAUGCAAACAAUGUUAGUUUUACAACCACCUGUUCUAACUGGCUCAACAUUCGUCAGUAUUGUACAUACUCUAUAUUUAUUUUGUGCAUUUUGUCCACUAUUAGCUGUUACUCUAUUGAAAAUGAACAUUGCUGAAACAUUGAUAUGUUUAUUAACGGGUACGGUUGAAACGACAACACUAAAAAAACCAUUUACCUAUAAAUCAUCAUUACCAUCUUCUCCAACUGAUAGACCACUUUCACCACCUACAACAGCCAUGUCAUCGCUCCAACAACCAGUCGGCGUUGAAUUAAUUUCGCGUACACCUCAAGAGUUAUAUGAAAUCGUCUCGUUAAUUGGUGAAAUGAUGCCCAAAUUGCCCGAUGAUGAACCAUUAUUUCAAGUUGACCAACUGUUGAAACGUGGUCUAUUGCGCAGUGAUCCAUUAACAACGUUGAAUGCACAUGAUCAUGUUUUAUGGCAGUGGCAAGAUGAUCGUGGUCAGUUACAUCCGUAUUCAUUACAAGAUUCCAGAAUAAUCGAACAAUCAUGGCAACAAGAAGAAGAAGAAGUUUCAUUAUCCACAAUGGGUCGAUCGUAUACAAUUGAUUUUACUGUUAUGCAACAAAUUAAUGAAGAAACAGGAACACAACGUUUUAUACAGAGAAAAGUGAAUUCCACUACAGCUCCGGUUGACUCGCCACGAACAGCUGAUCUCCAUACUGCUGAACAGACGCAGCAACGAAAUUUAUCAUCAGUAGACGAAACAGUGUCAGCCACAAACCGAUCAGUGACAACAACAACAACUACUACUACAACAGUUGAUUCUUCAUUAACUGAUGCUCGAACGGAAAUGAUGAAAGAUAAUAUUGAUUUGUACAGUCAGUUUAUCCAAUGUCUAUUUACCAUAUUAUAUGAAGUGUACAGUUCGUCAGCUGGUCCAGCGGUUAAACAUCGUUGUUUACAAGCAUUAUUAAGAAUGAUUUAUUUUUCACCUAGCGAUCUUUUGGAAGUUAUACUUAAGCAGCAAUCAAUCUCGUCACAUAUAGCAUCAAUGUUAGCAUCCACUGAUUUAAAAAUUGUUAUUAGUGCAUUGCAAAUGGCUGAAAUUCUCAUGAAAAAAUUGCCAAAUAUAUUUUCCAUUUAUUUUCAUCGUGAAGGUGUUGUUCAUCAGAUAGAAAUAUUAAUUGAUUUUGGUGUUGUUCCUACAUCGCCGAAUCAACUAUCGUCGACUACAGUGAAUAAUAAUGAUGUAAAUUCAACGGUAUCAAUACCACAAAUUGAAACAACAUUUUUAUCAGCAUUCAAUAAUCCAAUACCAAUCAUACAAAGUUCAAAUGCGGCGUCUAUCGCUGCUGUACAAUCAGUAAACGAAACAUCUUCAGACCACCAACAGCAGUUACAAUCGACUUCCGCUUACACUCAACAACAAAAUCGUACAAUGACGACAUCACCAUAUCAGUCACAACAUGGACGUCAUCAAACAUCGUCUUAUCGUGGUUUCAGUCGCCGUGCAUAUAAUCAACAACAACAAACAAAUUCAGCUGCUGCCGAAUUAACAGUAAAUUCUUCCAAUACAACAUCAUCUGAAACACAACCAUCGACAUCUCACAGACCAAAUACUCGUAAUCGUGGACGUGGUCACUCACAACAACAUGGCAUCGGCAGUAGAACCAUGAAUUAUAAAACACCGUCUCGUUCAACAUUUGAAGACGCAACAACUUGUGAUAGUCGAAUACAAAAGCCGUCAUCAUCACGUCACACUACCGCUUCUUCGUCAACGGGUACAUUAGACUUGGGUAGUAAUCGAUCUUACGGACGCAGUUAUCCACGUCCAAGCUUACGCACGCCAACUACACUAAAUACAUCAACAGCACCUAGUUUAGCCAAUUACGCUGUACCUCCAAAUAUUCAAACUAUAUCAAAUAGCACAGAUCCACAGAUGCCACUUACAUAUUAUUCUCCACCACCGCCUCGUUCAAUUGUUCCCACUGUGACAUCAUUCCACGCGUCAACAUCGUCUCAGUUGCCCGUAUCUAGCAGUACUUUGUAUGUUCCUCCUACAUUAUCAUCUCAAUAUCUCCAACAACAAUUUGGUUAUGCUACCACUGUUUCAAUGUCCGGUAUCCAUCAGCAUCCAAAUUAUCAUCAUCCACCACCGAGUUCAGCUUUGUCAAAUAAUGAAAAGGCAAAAUUGAAAGAAUGGAUUCAACAACAAGCAAAAACAUUUCGUCAGACUUAUUUUUCGUUUCAUCAAACAAAUGAUUCAGCAUUAACUGUGAUUACACGUUUAGGACAAGCUGUCGAUCAAUUAAAUGUUACACCAUCAAUGACUUUAAGUGAUGAAAAUAUGUUAGCAUUGAAAGAAAUCUCAUCUAUAAUAGCCAAUGGUGAUGUAUCCCCAUUUGAAAUGGUUCAUAGUGGAUUAAUCAUAAAAUUAUUUCAUUUUCUAUUUGAUAAUACAUCACAAACAUACGACCGUCAACAACGUUUAAAACAAUUUUUAAAUAUACUCUAUGAUUUACCAUUAAAUAAUUCGUGUGAUGACAGUUCAGAAUCAUUUUUAAAAACAUUCAUUAUCGAUUUAUAUCAUACACAAUCUAGUGUAAAUAGUACUAUUAGUCAACGUAAACAUUCAAUAAGAGGAGAACAACGAAGUAGUGGUGAACACAGUAUUUUCUAUCACUUAGUUAAUAAAUUACACGGAUGUAUUAAUCAAUUAGAACAAUUUCCAAUUAAAGUACAUGAUAUUCCUGGUACAAGUACGAUACGAAAUCCAGCAUUAAAAUUUUUAACUAGUCAUCAAUUAAAAUGUAAUCUUGUUCGACAUCCAGAUUGUAAAACAUUAAAACAAUGGAAUAGUGGACCAGUGAAAACUGAUCCUCUUGCAUUAGUAUCAGCUAUUGAAAAAUAUUUAUUAUUACGAGGAAUAGCAAAUGGAAAUACAAAUAAUACGAGUGGAAAUGUGGAUGAUGACGAAAGUGAAGUAUCAAACGAAUCCGAUGCUGAAGAUGUCAUCAAUGUGUUAACUCGUUCAACAUCAUUACGUUUAGAAUUUUUGAUUAAUGACCGUAUAAUACCACAUAAUAUGACAAUUUAUCAAGCAAUCAAAUUAUACAGUAUGACGCCAGAUUCUGAAACAGAAACAGAUAGUGAAUCCGUGCUAGCGAGUAAUAUUUGGUCAAAGGUUCAUACAAUUUCUUAUCGUCAAGCGACUUCCUCUUCACGUUCAACAACUACCGUAUCGAACACAAUACCGAUAACAACAGCCACUUCUAUUUCUCCAGCAUCGGCGAUUUCCACCGCAACCGGUUCAGCUGCAACCGCCUUAACAACGUCUUCGUCAAAACGUGGUGGACAAGCAAAAGGAGGUUCAUCCAAAAAGACCUCAUCAAAAGCAUCAACUACAAGUGGAGCACAGACAUCAAUCAGUUUAUCUAAACGUAGUCCUGUUGAUGAAUUAUGGUUAAAUGGUCUAUGUCCAGAAUCAAAAUCGUUGUUAAUCUCAGCUGUAAACGAGUCAGUGCCAAGUACGUUAACAGUGAAUGAUUUAUCACUAGAUGCCAUAUUUUUAUUACGUAUUCUAAACGGUUUAAAUCUAUAUUGGUAUGACUUGUAUUAUGAUACAGACACAAUGUUGAUUAUGAACAACAAUAAUAAUAUAAAUGCCUCGUCUUAUGUAACACUUAUUCAAAGAUCAGAAUUUUUAUCAGUAAAAUUAACAUCAAAAGUUAAUAGACAAUUACAAGAUCCACUAGUGAUUAUGACCGGAAAUGUUCCCGCAUGGGUAACAGAAAUUGGUUAUACUUGUCCGUUUCUGUUUCCAUUUGAAACACGUCAGAUGUUAUUCUAUGCCACAGCAUUUGAUCGUGAUCGAGCGAUGCAACGAUUAUUAGAUAGUUCUGAUAUGAUAAAUCAACAAAAUAAUGAUCAAAGUGAACGAUCAGCCGUAGCACCAAGAAUUGAGAGAAAAAAAGUUCAAUUGUCGAGAGCAAAUAUUCUAGCUGAAACAGAAAAACUUCUUGAAAGUUGGAACAAUAAAGCUUAUCUUGAAGUUCAAUAUGAAGAUGAAGUCGGUUUUGGUCUUGGACCAACGCUAGAGUGUUAUUCAAUGGUUUCAAGAGAAUUGCAAAAAAAUGGUUUAGAAUUAUGGCGUUCAGAUAAAGCAUUUCAGUCAACACGUGAUACAUUUACAUCAUCGUCACCGGGUCAUGUCGAUACAACAAACGGUUUGUAUCCAGCACCAGUUGGUAGAAAUGCUAAAUCAACUUCAAUAACAAAAGUUCGACAAAAAUUUAAAUUUUUGGGUAAAUUUAUGGCCAAAGCGUUAAUGGAUUCAAGAAUGAUUGAUAUGCCAUUCAGUAUUGUAUUUUACAAAUGGAUGCUGGGCCAAGAAGAUAGUUUAAAUAUUGAAGAUUUAAUUCAUGUUGAUACUAAUUUACAUCAACAAUUUAAAAAAUUACAAAAUAUUGUUCAUCAGCGUGAUAAACAACAACAAAUGUCAAGAGGAAAGAAACGAUUAAAAUCCAAUGAUCUUUUACAUAAUAACAACAAUAUAUCAUCCAAUUUUACUGAUACCAUCGCAGACAGUAGUAAUGACAGUUUGAAAUUAGAUGGUUGUUCAAUUGAUGAUUUAAAUCUAUGUUUUACACUACCCGGUUUUAAUCUUAUUGAAUUGAAAAAAGGUGGUAAAGAUUGUACUGUAAAUAUUAGUAAUUUAGAUCAAUACAUUAAUCUUGUUGUCUAUUGGACAUUAGUCGAAGGUGUUCGUCGACAAUUUGAAUCGUUUCGUGAUGGUUUUAAUUCUAUAUUUCCUAUUUAUCAUUUAAAAUGUUUUUAUCCAGAUGAACUUCAUCAAGUAUUUUGUGGUAGUGGUGCUACUGAUCUAUGGGAUCUAAAGGUAUUACUUGAAUCAACACGUUGUGAUCAUGGUUAUAAUUUGAAUAGUCGUGCUGUCAAAUGGCUGUUUGAAAUAAUGAUUGAUUUUGACAUUGACGAACGUCGUGCAUUUUUACAAUUUGUCACCGGUAGUCCACGAUUACCUGUGGGUGGUUUUCGUACACUACAUCCUCCAUUAACUGUUGUUCGUAAAACAGUUGAAAAUGAUAAUCCAGAUAAUUACCUGCCGAGUGUCAUGACAUGUGUUAAUUAUUUAAAAUUACCCGAUUAUACAUCGAAAGAUAUCAUGAAAACAAAAUUAUUAACAGCCAUACGCGAUGGACAAUUUGCAUUUUUGUUAUCGUAA